AUGAACAAAAGAAAAGAAAUCCAAACUGAUCAUACACCUAAUAAAAAAUUUAAAUCUAAUUCGGUGUUCUAUUGUACUUUUAAACGUGAACAUCCUGAAAACUACGAGAAGGAAUCAACAAACAUUGUUUUCAAAAAACUUAUUUUAAAUUUCUUUCCAAACGCUCAUAAUCUGGCAAAAUAUGAAUCAAAAUAUAGUUAUUUCAUAUGUUACGAGCCAAAUCCAUCAGAUACUAUGGAAGAACCAUUGAUUCAGCAUCUUCACAGACCAGCUUUUUUGAAGAAUUGUAAAUUUAAUUUAUGUGUUCAAAUACAUUGGAAUAAAAACGAUCCAAAGAAUAUCAAUUCUAAAUUGGAAGACUAUGCGGACUGUGUUUUUUUAUUUGAUGAUGAUAAAGAAUUCAUUAAGUUUGAUAAAUCUGUUACAUCGAUUGUAAAACAAGAUAUAAUUAAUUUGAUUCUUUCAAAUCAACAAAACAAAGAUAAAAGAAUAGUAUUUGACACAAUUAGUGAUUCAUUUAUUCUUCAAGAUCUGGAAAAUAAUUAG